AUGGAGGUCACGGGAUCUCCCAGUGGGUCCGACGAGGCUGGCUACGGUCCAGGGACUUCGGUCGAUACAAGCUUCACUCCAGUGCCUGAAGAAUGCCGGCGGCUGUUGCGCCUCUUUGCAGAAAAGACUCCCGGAUUCACCAAGAACGACGCUCUGAUCAAUGGCGUCCAGUUCGAAGGCGAUGAUCUACCCAUCAUCCCAGGCCCCAUCAAAUCACAAGCCAUUACAGCCGUCCUUCAUGCCAUGGUUGGUAUUGUAGGGCUGGAAAUCCUACAGCUACGCGGCCUCACGACAAGUACGACAACCCAUGUCAACACAGACCAUUCAGGUUUGUAUCCCGCCACGCCAGCACUGGUGACUGUGGAUGGGACGAAGGGAUCCGCCAUACUGAAUCUCCCAACUGUUCCUCAGUGGGAUAAAGAUCGCCAAUCAAAUUCGCCCCUUGUUUACCGCGCCACGGCGAUCUAUGAGACGGCGGACAAAGGAACCUGGUUCCAGCUUCAUGGCUCACUCGAUCCAUGGAAGCUUUUGGGAGUCAUUGGCAUCACAAAGGACAAGGAUGCUGAAAUUCGGACGAAUGACGCUGCCUACGCUCUCAUCCAGGAACGUGUACGCACCUACCGUGCACGAGAGAUUGAGCAGCUUAUGGUUGAGCGUGGGUUUUCCGGCUCGAUCGUUUACUCACCAAAGGGCUGGCGCGACACCGAGAUGGGCCAGCGCCUUGCUCGGCAUCCUCUCAUCAACUACGCCCAGCAGACAUAUUGCCCUGCCUUGCCACCUGCUCAACUGCCCAAGUCCGAGGACAAACGACCGCUUGCAGGAAUCAAAGUGGUCGAGCUGGCCCGCAUCAUAGCUGGUACCGCAGCUGGCGCUCUCCUUGCGUCCAUGGGCGCGGAGGUCAUUCGGGUAAAUUCAUCCAAACUCAAGGACUAUACUCCAGCGCAACCUUCUUCUUUGAUGGCCGGCAAAACGACGAUCGAUCUAGACUUGAAUGAUCCUGCGGACCAUGCACGACUGAUGCAGCUAUUCGAGGAAGCCGAUGUCAUCUUGCAGGGCUAUCGUCUGCGCUCCCUCGAGAGGCGUGGGUUCGGGCUCCACGCGGCUUUGGAACUCGCCAACAAACGUGGCAAAGGCAUCAUCUACGUGGACGAGAAUUGCUAUGGCCCUGAUGGCUGUUAUGCCGAACGUCCAGGUUGGCAACAAGUGGCCGACGCUGCUGCAGGAAGCUCCUACGUAAUGGGCCAAUCGUUCGGAUGUCCCGCCGGUCAGGGUGUGCUACCAAGUCUGCCCAUUUCUGAUAUGUCGACGGGCGCCUUGACAGCCCUCACAGCCAUGUGUGCAGUUCGCGAUCGCUAUGUCAAAGGGGGCUCAUACCAUGGCCACUGUGCACUCACUGGGUAUGAUAUGGCGACGCUGAACCCUGACGUCCGACUGUAUUCGCGCGAUGUUGUCCAAAGAAUUCAGGACAAGUACCAGUUUGCCCCGUGGUCAAGUGACGCACACGUCGCUCCUCUCUACUAUUCCAUCUUGGAGUCUUGGGAGCGUGCAGACAGUUUCAUGAAGAACGAGGACUUCUUCGUCACCUUCUCGGACUCGGUGUUUGGCUCCAAGCUUCGAGUUCUGGCGCCCAUAGUCCGCUAUACAGACCAGGAGUCGAGUGCAAGAUGGACCAGUCCGCCAGUUCCCUUUUGCCAUCACAAGUAUAGGAGCUUUUCAUCUCCAUCUUAG